AUGCGCCUCGGGCCGCGACGAGCCAGGUCAGCCGCGAGGCCUCGUUUGAGUACCUCAACCGCCCAGCUCGUGUGGCACGCCUUUACCGAGUUCCUCCUCUUCGUGCUGCCGCUCGUCGGCAUCCACCGCUGGAGGCGGUGGUUCGCCCGCACGUGGCGCAAGACAAAGGGCAUCAUGCAGACAAACGGCGGCGACGACGACGGCGUCAAGAGGGGCGAGUUUGCCUUCCUCCCUGAGCGCACGUGCGCCAUUUGCUACCAGGACCAGAACACGCUGGCCACCGAGAACGAGAUCAUGGCGGCCGCGGCGUCGAGCGGCGUUGUCGGCUCUGCGCAGACGGACAUAACGAAUCCGUACGAGACGAUGCCGUGCGGCUGCGUCUACUGCUUCGUCUGCCUCGCCACGCGGCUGGAGAGGGAGGAGGGCGAGGGCUGGACGUGUCUGCGGUGCGGCGAGCUCGUCAAGGAGUGCAAGCCGUGGAGCGGCGACGUGCUGGAGACGCCGAAGAAGUCGCCGUCGUCCAAGGUUGUGGCCUUUUCGGACGAAGUAGACGACGCCGUCAUGGUGGACGAUGCACACGAUGAUACUGCGUCAUCUGUGGGCGACGAGUCGGCGAGCUUUGAUGAGGCCGAGACGCACGAAUGA